GAAGUGCUCGCUCGCUCUUGCCGGUUGUUUUUGCAGCAGGCUUUCAGUCGCUCGGUCGGUGGCUCGGAGGCACCGUGCGCCGGAAUACUUCCUCUUUCACUCUCACUCUCACUCUUCACACGGUUCGCGCAUUUCUCCUACCUCUUGACCAGCUCGAUCGUCGUCGAUGGGUUCGAACGGUACGGAACUUCGCGGAAUAGUUUUUGGGCUGUGUGUUUGCUCUAGCCUUUCUUAUUUCUUCGCUGAUAGUGUGCGGUGAGGUGUGUGUUGGUUAGUGCUGUUUGGCGUUUUUUUUUUGGCAAUACGGUGGGGGACCCGAACACUUUUGCUUGUUGUUUGGUGGCGGCGGUGGCCUCUGGAGACCCUUGAGACAGUACUGCCUGAUGAGUCGGGAUCCAUCGAUCGCUGAAAACGCGCGUGCGUGAAGUGCUUUCUCUUUUACUGUGUGGUACACGGCAAACCCGGACGAAGGAGGACCUUGUGUAAUCAAUCCAUUGCUCGAGCAGCGGUGGCGGAUUCGGCUAGAGAGAAGAAGAGUUAGGAAGAGUCCAUCUCAAGAACCGUUUUCUGUUCUAGUUCUUCAGCCGGUGCUUGCUCACACCGAGGCUUGUGAGUGAAUGUGUGUUUGCAAGGGGGAACAAGGCACGUUUUGUUUUGGUUCUGCGAGGUGCAUAAUAAAACAUACGGUCGGUCGUAGGAAAGAUUCUUGAGACGCAGAACAAAACCAGCUGAUUAAAUUAGUUACAAGCGUGAAGUGACUGGUAACAGUAAGAGUCAUGAUAAUUAAAAUUCUAAAUUCGCUCGGUCAUAGGUAGACCGUGCCAUUCGUGUGUGUGCCUGUGCAAAACGAACGUCCGGAAUUAUCGCUCCUGGGAAGCUCGGGAACACUGGGAAGCAAACCACUUUAGUGCAGCAAGCUCUGAUAGUGCUCGACUGUGUGUGGUGUUGGUGAGAACGUAGUGUUGAUAGAGAGUGCGCAUGCGGCAACUGUGUGAUACCUUGCCUGGCUGCCUGCUGCAGAGCCGGAGAUGCAAUUUGAUUAAUUAAUAUAAACAGAUCUUUCUGAACAGCGCCGUUCCGGUGAGUGGGGUGAGGUGAGGUACACUGGUGGGACAAGGUGGGACGCUCCCUCGUGAGCCCUUUAGAACCUCCCAAUAGCAGUAGUGCGCGCGUUGUGCGAUCGUAGUGUGGAAGCUCCGCUUUUAGAAUGGAAGCUAAUUUGAAUUGAAAAAUGAAACGCAUGGAAUAGCACGUACAAGGUCACUUGGAUUUGCAUUCACAGGAAAAAAAGUGUUAGCAACCACUGCAAGUCGCCUGGGGAAGUGUACGCGUGCGGAACUUGUGCCGUUGUUUGAUAACUAAGCGUGAGAGAACUGAUCUAGAUCAGUGGCUCGAGACAACCGCAGAAGAGGCGCCCCGAAAAGCGCUAAUUCGCCAAAUGUUUUUCAAGUUUGACAAGUGUUUACCGUUUUCCUGACGAAAAGAAUCGCGGCCUUUGUUGUCGCACGAAGGCAAUGCCUUGAAGAAACAAACCCCUUCCUACCGCCACCGUCGUUUCACCGUAUUUCCCAUGUGCCCGCUCGCUCGAACGCAAAAUUAAGAGUGAACCCUACCUUCCGUUUAAGCAGCUGUGAAUCCAGCAGGUUGUGCUGUGGUCAUAUAUGAACCCGAAUUUCCAGUUAUUCGGCGAUUGGACGCAUAAACCAGCCUACUCCCGAAGAAAGAAAGGGAAGAAACAAGUGAAAGCAUUGUGUACUUAAACAAUUAUCUCCAAACAGUUUGGUGGUUCGGUCAAAUAGAAAAGAAAAGACAAAAUUGAAGAACGUAACGUGGUGACAACCUUUAUCCGGUUCGGUGUAUUGCUUCCGUUUCGAUCCAGGCCCACAAAUGAAUAUGGAAUUCCAGCCGCUGCCACCGGUUUCAUCGAUGAACAUUGGUCCGCCGACACCUGCCCCAUCGCCCCAUAUACAAAUUAUCCCGAAUGGGACCGGUAGUGCAAACGGUGGCACCAACAGCAACACCAAUGCGGUGGCCAAUCAGCUGCUCAAUUCGAUGCCACCGCCGAUCCUACCGGUCGGUAUGCCGCUGCAGCAGGUGGUUCACAAUCUGCAGCAACUGACCAACGUUAAUGGGUUGACCCAGCAACAUCACCAGCAGCAACAGCAACAACAGCAUCAGCAGCAACACCAACAGGCGCAGGCUCACCAGGCUCUGCUCGGUUCGAACAAUACCAACGGGCUUAACGGGAUCCAUCAGAACCAGAGCCUGCCGCCGACAUCGCAGCUUCUGCAGGCGAUCCAUCACAAUACGAGCAACAACAACAACAACAACGGCCUCAACAACAACAACAAUAACAACAACUCGAUCACACAGUAUCAGGUGCAGCAGCUCUGGAGACAUCACGCCUAUCUAAACGGUAAAUCAAGCAAUAACAAAGACAUCUGCGGCGACGACAAACACAAAGAGGAUGGCGACCCGUGGAACGUGGAAGCACAGGCGGCAUUCUUGGGGCCGAAUCUGUGGGACAAAACGCUACCCUACGACUCUGAUCUCAAAGUGCACCAGUAUGCCGACCUCGAUGAAUUCCUAUCAGAGAAUGGCAUCCCGGUGGAUGGAUUGCCGGGCAGUCACCUGGGCCACUCGACCAGUAUCACCGGCCGCUCCGACAGCCUGGGACACUGUGCAGGCCUUUCGUUGGGUCUCAGUCAGGUGACGACGAAACGAGAACGCUCCCCAUCGCCAGACUGCAUGAGUCCGGACACGAUAAACCCACCGUCGCCGGCCGACUCGACUUUCUCGAUGUCCUCGACGACCAGGGACUUUGAUCCCCGAACACGGGCUUUUUCCGACGAGGAAUUAAAACCGCAGCCAAUGAUCAAAAAGUCCCGGAAACAGUUCGUGCCGGAUGAUAUGAAAGACGACAAGUACUGGGCGCGGCGUCGGAAGAACAAUAUGGCUGCGAAGCGAUCACGCGAUGCCCGACGAAUGAAAGAGAAUCAAAUCGCGCUCCGAGCUGGUUACCUGGAAAAAGAGAACAUGAACCUGCACCGGGAAGUGGAACAACUGAAACAGGAAAACAUGGAACUACGUGCCCGCCUAUCCAAAUAUCAAGAGGUAUAAUCUUAACUCAACGCAUCCCUAGUUUACCACACACUACGUCCACCAUUAUCAUCAUCAACAACAACAACAAACACAGCAAACAACAGCUACUAAUCUAAGCUAGUACAGUUCAACUAUCCGUAAGUGUCACCAGCAUCCGUAGGCGACUAAAGUAAAAGACAGCGGCAGCAGUAGCAGCGCAGCAGCAGCAGCAGCAGCAGCAUAAGCAGUAGCAGCAACGUUUUAUGUUGGUUGAGAAAGAACGGUACAGCGGAAGUAACGCAACCAUACGGCGACAGCAGCAGCAGCAACAGCAUCGUUACCAAAAAGAAAUCAAGUAAAGAAAAAUAGGCACUGUAUAGAAUAAAAAGGAAGAGACAGAAAUGGUUAAUUACUUUUUAGUGAAAGUUAUUCGUAAACUCACCGAAAACUGCAACGCGUAUUGCAGCUCUAUUCUACAAAACAACAAAAAAAAGAACACUCACAUAUUACAAACGCAUGCGUAGAUUCACAUAAUUUCACGCAAGAAAAAAAAUAGUGCAACGUUAGGCUUCUGAAACAAUAGUGAUAGCUGAAAGUAGCGACUGUUAAACAAAGAAAUUAAAAUGGGAAAUAUGUUAUAGGACGACCUGUGUCAACCCAGCCACACCACCACCACCACCACCACCAGAAACACAUCACUCUACGCGUUUUGAACGAUUUGAUUUUUAUGCUUCACACUGUCAGUUUAUCGCUAAAUCAGAUUAGAAAUCGUGCGUGCGAUCAUCCUCCAUGUUCUAGAAGUUUAGAUGUUCGGACUUCUAUUUUCCGUUGUUUUCUUUCUCGGAUAAUGUUAGUAAAAGAAAGCUGUUUAAGUUUUAAAUAGGAUGAUUCUAUACUUUUAAGUCAGUGCGUCGUGUGUGCAUGAUGUGUGUCCGUUCUCCCAGAAAACAGUAGAAAAUGAGAUGAAAACAGUAGACAGAGUUACUGAACGUAAGAAGAGGCAAACAAAUCAAGUAUAAAAGUAUAAGACUGCGUCAACGGCUUAGAACGCAAGCUCUUGCCGCCGUUAGUACGCGUUGUUAGAAGUUAGUGCGUUAUGUUUUUUUUAAUUCUGCUUGAUGUUUGAUUCGUUAUACAUACAUACAGAAGGAAGAAUGAAAGUGUGAAUAAAGCAAAACUGAAAAUCACAUUUUAAGACGAAACACGAUAGGUGAACUCUAUCCGGGAAAAUUGCAAUGAUCAUCAUGAUGAAAAAGAGAUGUUGUUAGGCAGCAGCGAUACGUAGGCUCGUUUCCACCCCACCCCCGUUUUUUCCGGGUGGUUCGUUUCAAUGAUGGUUUUCAGCGGUGGCCGCUAGGAAGCACUGCCGUCGGCUGAAAGCUCGAGUGACGCCGAUGUGACGCUUGCAUCGGUGAUGCUGCGAUUGGAGCGUGCCGCUUAGCGGUACCGUUUGUUUUCGAAUUUUGGACUGUUAGCAAUAUUGAAUUAUUUUGAAGUUUUCAAAUUUUUUUUGUAAAUUUAACAGAACAUUAUCAUCUUGAAAAAAUUGAAAUCAUGGUGAAAAUUUGACCUUUAGGCAAAAUUCUUGCUGAUAAAACAGAUCGGCAGGAUUACGAUUUAUUGAUUGUAAUGGUGAAUAAAGUCAGACAGACAAUGAAUUCAGUUUAGUUCUUAUUUUUUAUCAAACUAUUGCUUAUUUGAGAUAUACUUUAGAAAUUACAAAUUCUGAAACGCUCCCGUCGCAGUAAAACUGACAUGUCCAGGUGUUUUGAAACUCAUUUUAUUGAUUGACUGUAGUCGUCCCAAUAUCGCAACUAGUGGAAACACGAAUUAAAUUUUAUGUAGGGCUGUGAGUUAAUAUUAACUGACAAAAAAUGCGAUUACCAAUUUGAUAUCCCAAACGAAAACAGACACCCUGUUAAAAACUGAUAACAUUUUCCACUGUUUUGUUAGUUUUCUUACAACAACUAACGAUACAAGACUAACUAAACUAACACUGGCUUGCUCGAAAUAGUACUGAAAACAAUUUUUAACGCGAACUCCAUUGUUUGGAGGAAGAAAAUGCAAUAAUGGCCAAACAGCGUAUCGCAAAAUUUAACCGAUUUUCUACACUGCACUUCACGCCAAAUAUUUCUCAAUUAUUCAGACAUUGGUUAAACAUUGCAGGCAGCUUAGUAUCCAUUCCAAGUGACAAUGCAGGUUUUAUUACAAACUUAUGGUGGUUCUGGCGACAAAAAUUGGUCAUAAAAAUCGCAAUAAGAGUACAUUAAAACUCAAAUUGUUGUUUGGAGUGGCAACGCAAUCGGAACUUUGAAUUCAAGCAUCGAAUAUACCAAAAAAAUAUAAGCAAAUUGCUUUUCAAACAUCGACUAUUCAAACGAGUUUCUCUUAAAAUCUAUAUAUUAAGUAUAUUCAGUGCUUGAAAGUGAUGUUACGAAUGUCAAACUAAUUUUUUUUCUGGAUAAUUUCUAUACAAAACUUUGAAUUUAGAUUUUCUUCUCGAUUCGGGUUGGCCAUCUGUUUUUGCCAAACCAAACCGGAGGAAAACGUCAGCAAGUACUGUUACGAUUGUGUCAAUUCGAUUCACUUCAAAUGGGCAGACCCCCGCCUACGCGGUAAACUGUGCUCCUGAAGCAAGCAACCCUGUAAAAAUGUUGUUUUGAACUAAACAAACCUGUAAUUGAUAGAAACUAUAUCUGUAAAUAGCAUCUGUAAUGAUAAGAAGUUAGCGAGCAAAACAAAAGAAAGAGAAAUUAAGCUAUAUUUACAAAACGCACGUACUGCAGAAGAAAUUGAAUAACUGACGAAUACAAGAAUUACUAAAAAAAAAAUAAAACAAAAAACUAGUUGAGCCCGGCAAUGGUUAUAACAUUAUUUUAGGUAAUUUAUUCUGAAAAAAAAGAUCAAAAGAAAAUUGUUCUAAAUUUGGUUCUGUUUCUCGUUCCGGACUGCUUCCGUCUGAAGGAAUGAUCAUAGGAAAACGGCAGCUGCCCUCUCAGAAGGUUUCGUUGUGUUUUUGCGCCGGUGGUAGCCUUCCCUAAUAGCAAGCACAGCAAAGCCAAGCAAAAGCUUUCGAAUCGUUUUUCAAAACAAGUAGCAAAAUACACAUACACGUACCCGUAACUGUAGAAAAGCCCUGAAUAGUGAAGCAUAACAAAAAAGUGUAUAUUAAUUAGUGCUGUUUUAAGAAAAAGGGAAGUGACGUAGUUAAACAAAGCAAACUAAAGCGAAGUAUGGAUCGUUAAUUAAAUGGAAAGGAAUUAAGCAAGCAAACAAGAAAACCAACCAUUAGUAGUCUGAAUCAAAAAAAACCUUAGUGAUAGUACCAAGAUUGAAAGAGAACCUGUAGUUGUUAGUGAAAACAAUAUUAUUAGUAAGUAAUGAACAAAGAAGAGAAAAAGUAAAUCAAAAAAACAAACGAGUUGAUUGUGGACAGCGAAACAAAAAAAAACAGAAGAAAACAAACCACUUAAGCCUGUGUAUAAAAUAAAAUAAACAAAAAACAGAACGAUACAAGUUGCGAGAGCAUCCUACACGUCCCUACUUUAGUUGGAAGGCUAAAGUCAAUACAAACAAACAGUGCUGAUUGAUUGAUUAGUAGAUUGAUAACGUAACCCACGAAGCAAAACACACAAACACACUCAUAAACUCACCCACUCGACUGUAACGAGAGAAAUAAGAAUCGUAAAAUGAUGUUACCGGUAAAAUUUACCUAGUAGUUGUAGUAGAGUAAAAUAAAAAGCAUCCCAUCCAAUCGCGUAUAGAAAGAGGAAGUCGUUCGCAAUACAGCACCUAGUGUAAAAAUUGUCCUGCAAACAUCGUUACGAAGUCAAAUUCGAAGUCACCGCACCCUUCUUGUUUCCGUCAUCGUUGUUUUGUUUUGUUCAUUAUUCUCCCUCCCGUCCGAGCGAACCCAACAUUAAGUUUUUGUUUGUAAAUUGUUAUUAUUCUUACGUAGAGCAAAUAUGUGGGCAUAACCUACUACUGUAGUAAAUUGCACCUAGUUAUCCGUACACGGUAGCCUCUAAUUCUAGACACUUUCUCUCACGCAAACAAACACUCCCACACAAACAUACACACUUACUCACCCACAUAUAGAAAGCGCGUCUCGGUUACUUCGUAUUAGUGUCACUCAUUUUUUUCUGUUUUGUAAAGUAGGCGAAACCAGCAGCAAUCAUCCGAAAAGAUCAUGUCUUAUUUUUCUCUUCUUCUUCAUUGUGCAUACCGUACCGCAUCGAUGUCGGAUUUUUUCCGGGUUUUUGAAAUCACAAGAUAACUUAUUACUAACAUUACUUGACUAUUAACGUAAAAAUGCUUGUAAUUUCAACUAAAUGUGCAAUUUUUAUAUGAAAUUAAUUUGAAAUGUAGUAUGAAAACUGGCUAAAUUAUGUAAAAUCUACACUUAUUGAAGGAGUGUUACAUUAACACUCAAUUAAACCUGUUCUAUUUCGACCAAGUCCAGGUUCAAAAAUAUGAUCAAACCAGAACAACGGAAAUUUUAAGGCUAAUAUUUUACAAUUUAAAUUUGAUUGAAGUGCUAUUGGAACAUAAAUAAAAAUUUACGAUUAAAUUAAAGUGCUAAACAUAGAAUUUAUCUGUGACGAUAAAACCUUACAGGUUAAAACCCUAUGCGUCCGGACAUCGGCGCGGUACGGUAAUUAUAAAAGUGGUUAGGUGUUGAUUUUUAUUGAUGAUAAAACAUUGAGAAAAAUAUUUAUUUUUGAACUUUCGGCAAUAUACCUCCUUUCUAUUCUCCUUUCACCAUAUUUUUAGGACAACUGCUUUAUUUACAAACAAACAAACAAAACAAAAAAAUCAUCCUAGUUUUUUUUUUGCGAACAAUUAUAUUAGCGUACUACUACUUAAAUGCUUUCACAGUUCAAAUUUCGUACUCUGUUGAAUUGAUUUAUCACAUAGAGCCAAUGUCCAGAGUUCGUGUGCGUGCGCGUACAAUUAUUUACGUCUUUCUUACGUACCUAGCUGUCAACUUCGAAAGUAAGCUAUACACAAAACUCUCCUGUAAGGGCUUUCGUUUAAGCGGAAAGGAAAACAUUGUCGUAAAAGGCAAAAUAUAAGAAGAAAAAAAACUGUAGGAAAUGUAAAGAAGCAAGCAGAAGCAAUAAGAGAAAAAGAAAAAAAGCUAACACCGAGGUAAAAUACUAUACAGCUAAGUUUACAGUUUAAUAUAGAAUGUUUGUUUUCUUUGUUCCAACAGCAGGAAGGAAAAACACUAUGGAUUAACACUGUUGUUGCCCCGAUUGUGUCGCGGAUAAAGUCCGCAAGCGAUCGUUACUUUAUUGCUAUUAUUUUUUUGAAAAUAAAAUCAGUAAAAC